AGUCUCUCGGUUGGAUUGGAACGGUUCGCUUCGCGUCGGAGUCUCUUCGCUCGUUCGUUCGUUCGUUCGUUCAUUCGUUGAUUCGUUCGUGGCGCAUCUUUGAGCCACCUGUCGAUAUCGUUUUAUGAAAUUUUCCGUCGGUUCACUUGCGAGAGCGUGUGUAUGAGGCAAAAGAAAAGGGACCUCUUGCAAAGACGACGAAUACGGUGAAUAAAGGAACAACCAGUGGAACGUGAAGUUAAUUUAGUUAACAUUUACUGGAUCGGUUGGGAGAUUGAGGGCUGGAAAGAAUCGAGGGGGUCUGAACGGAGGGGACCUCUGGGAGUGAAGCCUGGUUGGCCCGGUGGCAACGGAAAACGGUUCAGGUAUAGUUACGAUCAGGUUGAGGGAAAAGUCAAGAAAGCAAGUGCACCCUGCCCAAAGGAAGCCUGACGAAUAAUUUGGGAGUUUUCUUUUGAGUGUUGUUUCGUACCGCGAGGAGAUCGGUUCGGUUGAAAACAGGAUGUACAAAGUACCCUCUUCGGAAUUAUUGAUCGUUAUACGUUGUGAUAUUUUGUGAUUGAAGAAUUAAGUUUGUGUUAUAAUUUUUAUACAUGCUCAGCGAAUAACCUGUUUAUCUCGAAAACCUGAUACCUGAAUUCGGAUAGUUCCUGCGUUAGUGAAUGCGAGAGCCAGUGUUCGGAAUGCAAAUGUAAAAAAGCCUCAUGCCAAACAAGAAUUGCACAAAAAAGCCCUACGACGAAUUAUCGCCGAAGAAAGUCAUAAUCAAGUGAACCAACAACGGUUAAUCGCUGAUGAGUGCUCAGCAAAAGAGAAAAAAAAAAAACGCGACCGAGUACCGGAUCCGAAACAAUAGAAAACGUGUGAACGCGAUUACCUGUCGCAAUUGUUUCCUCCGCUGAUGAUGGUGAGAAUUUUGUCGCUGUGAGUGAUUCAACCUGUGCAGAAAAUCCAGUGCGGAAAAAGCUCGAAUGAAAUCGCAUUCGUCUCGGAGGGCCUUCUGAAAGAAAUGUGAUAUCCUGCUGAGUGUGUGGUGUGAUUUGAUACUCACCGAUGAGAAGGGGAGGAUUGAGUGCAGAUAUCGGAGGAAUGAUUGUACGAAGCUGAGCCUGUUUUGGAAGUGUGGUUGUGAUUCAUUGCUAAAUUGUACCAGCGUCAGAUGAUCAAGUGUCAAGUGAAUGAAAUUGGAGAUCGAGAUAAGUGAUUCAAGUAACAACGAGUGAAAAGUGAUAAAAGUUUCAAUAACAUAGAAGUGACGCAACUUUUUCCAGAGAAUAGGAAUAUUUGUUUGUGAUUAUUGGCAUGGGUAAUUGAUCACCCGUGACAUCACCGUUCAUCGCUCCGGAAACGACUGAGCCAGCACCCUCCUCAAAAGGACCGACGAGCGCCGAUGAUCGGCGCUAUAAAGAAUGACUCGGCUCAUCCACUCAAUUACGCUAAUAGUGAUAGCGGGGCUGUUCGUCGGCAGCACCAGUAGUCAGCAGCAAAAGUUUCGGAUACUGCCCAAGGACCUCCAGGUGCUGGAAGGGUCCGAAGCGCUGCUGAAAUGCGAAAUCAACAACCUGGCCGGAGCGGUCCAGUGGACCAAGGACGGAUUUGCGCUGGGGUUUUCCACGACGAUACCGGGCUACCCUCGCUACUCGGUACUCGGUGACCAUCAUGCAGGAGUCUACAACCUCAAGAUCUCGAACGCCUCGCUGGAGGACGACGCCGAGUACCAGUGCCAAGUGGGGCCGGCCAAAUUCAACUCGGCCAUCCGUGCCAACGCCAAGCUGAUUGUGAUAUCGCCUCCAUCGUCGAUCGAAAUCCAAGGCUACGAGAACAACUCCAAGGUAGAGGUCAGAGAAGGGCAGGACCUAACGCUGACCUGUGUGGUAGCCAACUCGAAACCAGUUGCGCAAAUCGUCUGGCGACGGGGGAAAUCCGAAGUCAAAUCAGACUCCAUCGAAAACAAAGUUAUCGAAACAGAGGGCAAACGCUACACGGUAACGUCCCAGCUCCGGAUCAAACCCGGUGCAGCCGACGACUACAUGGGCUAUACCUGCCAGGCCAAGCACAAGGCCCUCCACCCGGAGAAACCCUUGCAAACGACGGUGCAGCUUUCCGUGCUGUACCCACCGGGAGCGCCCUACAUCGAUGGCUACAAGCAGGGCGAGACGCUGAGGCGAGGACAGAGCGUGGAGUUGAUUUGUGCCAGCCGGGGAGGCAAUCCGCCGGCCCAGUUGAUUUGGUACAAGAACGGAAUCCAGGAGCGGAUGGCCUACCGGACGUCCGAACGGCUCUCGGAGAACAUCUACAAGUUUACGGCGGAAGCGAGUGACAACAAGGCGGUGCUGCGCUGCGAGGCGAACAACAUCAUGGCGAAAGCCCCACUGAAGACCGAGGUGGUGCUCAGUGUGUUGUUUGCCCCGACGCACGUCACCAUAUCCGGCCCAUCGGAGGCCCGCGUCGGCGAUCGUGUUCCGCUGCAGUGUCAAACGGCACCGUCCAAUCCGCCGGCCGAAAUCAAGUGGAGCGUCGGUGGACAUCAGGUGAAAAAUGCCACAUCCCGCACAGUCGAAAGUCCGGAAGGCGGAUGGAUCACGAUGUCGAACAUCACGGCUCCGGUGGACGCCAGCAAACGCUCGCUGGUGGUCAUCUGCCACGGACUGAACAUGCAGCUGACCGAGAAUGUCGUGUCGACCCACACCGUGAACAUAUUGCUGCCCCCGAGCCCACCGAUCAUUUCCGGCUACGAAGAAGGACAAAUCAUCCCGGCCGGAUCCGUCCAGAAGUUGGGCUGCAUGUCCACCGGAGGCAAUCCCCUGGCGACGCUCACCUGGUACAAAAACGACAAGAAGGUCAACUCCGUCAUCAAAACAGCCGACAAAUCCGUUUCCGCUGAGCUCACCAUCCUAGCCAACGUGACGGACAAUCAAGCACGCUACCGCUGUGAAGCGCACAAUUCGGCCACCGAAAUUCCGCUGUUCCAGACGAAAACCCUAAGCGUUCACUUUGCCCCGGAGACGGUGAAGAUAACGAUCGACCCGCCUGAGCUGAAGCCCGGCAUCGAAGCAACGCUGAUCUGCGACUCGAGCUCUAGUAAUCCGCCGGCGAUAAUUUCCUGGUGGCGCGAUGGCAUCGCAGUACAAGGUAUAAAUAACUCGUCCAAAGCGGGCCUCUGGGGUGGCACGGUAUCGUCGUUGGAGCUGAAGGUAAACAUCACCCAGGACAUGAACGGAAACGUCUAUACGUGUCAGAGCACGAACGAAGCAUUACAGCGCAGCGUACACGAGGCAGUCAAUUUGCAAGUACUAUAUCCGCCGAAAUUUUCGCCACCACCCUCGUCGACGGUCGUCGGCUUCGAAGGCGAAUCACUUACGGUUGGCAUGGUGGCCAACGGUAAUCCUAUGUCGAUUGCAUACACCUGGACCAAGGAAGGUCUUCCGAUUCAAACGCCCGGUGUCCAAAGAAUCGUCUCCGAGGGACCAAUCCUCAACAUCACCAAGCUGACGCGGAACGAUGCUGGAAUCUACACGUGCGAGGCCGUCAACUCCCAGGGCUCGGCGAUGAUUAAUAUCACAAUCGUGGUCGAAUAUGGCGCAUCGAUAAAAUCCAUCUCCGAGAACGUGGUCGUAAAUCCCGGCGAGGAUGCCAUGUUGUCCUGCACCGUUGAAGGCAAACCACUGAACGAGGAGCACAUUCGCUGGGAACGGAUCGGGUACGACAUGACGAUAAAAACGUCGACAACGUACGCCAACGGAACGAGCUAUCUGCACAUCAAGGAUGCACGGCGCGAGGAUGUUGGCAAUUUCCGCUGUAUUGCUGAUAAUCGUGUUGCGAACCCAACCAGCCGUGAUGUUUUAUUGAUUGUGAAAUUCAUCCCGGAGAUCGACAAGUCCCCACCAAUGCUUCGCGCAGCUGCCAGUUCCGGAGAGCGCGGACGUCUACCGUGUCGUGCCCAGGCGGCACCCCGUCCCAAAUUCUACUGGUCCCGUGCUGGUCAGAACCUCAGCGUCAACCAAACGUCCAAAUACCUGGUGGAGUACAAACACAUUGACUCGCUCACCUACGAAUCGAUCCUGCUAAUCGAACGGGUCAGCUCCAACGACUACGGAGUGUACGAAUGCAUCGCCCGCAACGAACUGGGCAGCGUCAAGGAAAGCGUCCGACUGGAUGUAACCUCACCUCCCGAUCCACCACUGAGUCUCAAUAUCCUCAACGUGACCCACGAUACCGUCACCGUCGCCUGGACUCCCGGCUUCGACGGUGGAAUGAAGGCCAACUACCGGGUUCGAUACCGGGAAGCCAACAACGACCACUACCGGUACGAGGACAGUCUUCCAAACUCGCACAAACUCACCAUCACCGGACUGCGGAUGAACACGCUGUACCUGUUUUCGGUGAUGGCAUCCAACGCGCUCGGGUCCAGCAAAUACCUGCCCGACCUGACCCGUGCCCAAACCAAAGACUCCCCUCCGUCCCAGCCGGCAUCGUCGCUGGGUAGUAAGCCGCCGGUCGGUGGACCGCCACCGUCCUCCAUCGGGGCCUCUGGGCUGUUGCUGCUGAUCGGGGUCGCGGCCGGCAUUUGUCUAGUUCUGCUCAAUAUCCUGCUCAUCGGGUGCUGCAUCCACCGGCGAACCAGCCACAAGCGAGUGAAACGGGAUUCAUCCAAUCAGAACAGCAAAUCCGCCACCAUUGAAAUGUACGCACCAAGCUCAUACAAUGACACCGUUACAGGCGAAACCCUGUCCAGCGUGUCGGAAAAGAGUGACUCCUACUCGAACGACGGCAGCCAGCCGGACUACAUGGAUGAAACCCGCAAGAAAGCUGCGUCCACUUAUCUAGUGGAAAACUCAGAUAUGCCACCGCCUCGCUAUCAGAAGGACGGUACACUGCCACACUAUCCGAACAACAUCAACGCAGCUCACACGCGAACGCUGCCUCACCCGCGGCACAACAACGUCGUGUACGAGCAGCGAAGUCGCGACGACCAGCUGAUAGGGAAGAACAACUACGUCACCGCACCGUCCCCGGGGCCGCCAAUGGAUGGGUCCUACUACAACAUGAACAGCGACCGGUACCUGUCCUAUCCGCCGAUGGUGAGUGGGGACUACCCCCCGAUGGAAUUUUCGACGCCACCACUGCCAGUGAUACCGGCCCUACCGACCAACAACGGCACCCUGCGAAGGGGAACCCGUGCCAUGGUCCCACCGCCGGACGUGACGCACCACACGCAGCACACGGUCAAAACGCUGCACGACUCGUCGGCCUCCUCGGGCCUGCUCAACAUCUCCCAAGUGUCCCAAUCGACGCCAAAGCAACCGCAAAGUAUCCUGAAAGACCCCAACAAGCGCAAAGACCAGCAACUUCAACAACAGCAGCACCAACAGUCGGGCUUACCCCCGGGGGCAAUGAACCACCUGAACAGCAUCGGCGGCGGUCUGCAGAUGCUCGGUGUCCAGAAUCCCUCGCCAGUGCCAAUGAUGGGUGGACCUCCGCCGGGUCUAGUGCCGGUCAGUGCCGGCGGCAGUAGUUUAGGAAACAAUUUGCUCAUCGGGGCGUACGACCCGAGCAGUACGAACCUGAGCUCGUUCAACGCGUCGCUCGGCUACACGGACGCCGACGGACACCUAGUGUAGGCCAUUGCCAGGCAGAUGAUAAUAAUUACUAAAUUAGUAGUCUAGGCGCCAAAAUUCGCGAGCUACGAGGCAGGCGGGUAACUUGAAAUUCUAACAACUCGUGAGAUUAAACGAAGGAGGAAACGUAAAAAUAAUGUGGAAGGGUUGAACCGGAAUCGGCCGAGAUUUUUCAGAAAAAAACACAAAGGAAACAAAUUGAUUAGGUCACGCAAAAUACUUAUGACAGGGAGGAAGAAGAAGAAGUUAGGAGAAAAAGGUCGAUGGAAGGUAACACGGGAAGCGCAGUCAAUGCAGUCCGAGGAAAACAGAAACACAAAGAGAAUUAAGACAAAGAUAAUUAAAAUUAAAACAUUAAAACAAUCUUUUUAACUUUAAUGAAAAAAAUAAAACAAAAACAAGUAACGGUAAAGUAUGUAUUAACAAUUUAAUUGUUGAGUUUUAAGCGCGUGUAGGAAUGCUCGAGGACCGA